AUGGAAGCUUUCAACACAAACAACAGCCAAGGGCCAUUCCCCGAGGCCCAACCACGGCUCUCUGCACCCUCUUCCAAUGCUCCUGCAGUCGGUCCUCCAUCCGGUUCACCCCCUACAACCGUCCCUUCUGGCGCGAGUGCGCCGUCGGCCUCGUCCUCGGCAGCGCCACGAAUCAGGAGGAGAAACCGCAUGAUAACGAGUUGUCUAGAAUGUCGACGCAGGAAAUUGAAGUGUAAUAAGUCUCACCCGUGCGCGAAUUGUGUUAAGUUCACGCGAGACUGCGUUUUCCUCUCACCGGCACUAGACCAGGCAAGUCAGCUGAAGCUCACGGAAAUCAAGGAGAAAGUUGGAUCUUUGGAACGACUGCUUGAACGCGAUGUGGCGAAGAAUGUUGCUGCUGUCCCUACUUCUUCAAGCCAGGAUAGAGCUCUCCCAGGUGAGGAGGAUGACGAUCUUCCAGCAAAUGAAGAUGAGAAGGACCUUGAGCCUACCCCUCUCGCUGUUGUUGAUGCGGCGUACGAUGAGUAUGGCGAGGACGAUGACCUUUUAGACCUGGGUAUUCAGCUGGGAAAGAUGCGAAUCACAGAACGUAUUGGUGGUUUCUUCAGACCCAAGAUAUCACAAGAGUUGGAAUUUACCAUGUCAGAUACUUUCAUGUCUGGAAAUAAGGAACAGGACGAAGGACGAGCCUUUUCACCGCCUCAGCCAAUGGCACCCAUCCCGCCUGCCUCCGAAUGGUUGAAGCCCGGGCCUGCGUAUAUCAUGCCUUCCUCCGGAUUCUUUUUCGGGGGAACUGGUUCACAAAAUGCCUCGCUGAUUGACUUUCUCCCUUCUCAAUUGGCCGCUGAUAGACUAAUCAAGCAAUUCUUUGAUUGUGUACACCCGAUUUGCCAGAUAGUUCAUCGCCCCACGUUCGAGAGAGAAUAUCACAGCUUCUGGGAUGAAGUCUCUCUUGGCGUUGAACCGCCUAACUCAGUCCAAACGAUUGUCUUUGCAGUAAUGUUCUCUGCCGUUGUAAGCAUGGAUGAGAGCACUAUAAUCCGUGAUUUUGGAGUCUCGAAAGCUAGUAUGAUUGAUAACUUCAAACUUGGCACGGAAACUGCUCUUGGACGGGCCAAUUUUCUCCGCACUACGAAGAUUGAAACGCUUCAGUCAUUUGUGAUGUAUCUAAUCCCCCUUUGCAGGUCAGAGCUCUCCAGAGCGCAUUCGGUUCUCCUUGGUGCAGCUAUACGAAUGGCAGAAUGUAUGGGGCUUCAUCGAGAUGGUGAGACCUACGGGAUGAACCCACUCGAAACCCAUAUUCGCCGUUUAGUAUGGCAUCAGCUGUGUUUUCUGGAUAUCAGGACUUGUGAAGCCCAAGGCCCCCGGCCAACGGUAAGACGUGAUGAGUUUGAUACGAAAUUGCCUCUCAAUGUAGACGAUAUCGAGAUCAAUGCUUCUGGAAAGCUCCCUGCAAGUGCAGAUCGAUGGACGGAUUCAACCUUCAGUCUCAUUCGCUUCGAGGUCAAUGAAAUGAUGAGGACAAUUUGGGUCGACAGACCGAGAAUCGAACGAAGGAAGAUAAGUCUCACAGCUGUUCUAAGCAAGAUCGAGACAUUCCGUAACAACAUGGCGGCAAGAUACGAUCACCUCAUGGAUGAGAGAAUUCCCGUGCAGAAAUGCGCAAAAGUUGUCAAGGCACUGCUCCUCUCGAGACUUCAUAUUAUGGUCCUGCAUCGUUACCACAACUCUGUGGUGGCACCAAUGCCGGACCGUCUUCGAAAUAUUAUGCUUGCAUCAGGUACUACACUUCUCGAGACUGCUGUGGCUUUGGAGACCCUCCCCGAGCUGAAACCGUGGUCUUGGUACGCCGGAGCUUACCAGCAAUAUCAUGCCGCCUUCCUCCUUCUCAUGGAAGUAUACGUCUACCCACAACGCAAAGAAGCUGACCGGAUUUGGGCUUGCCUUGAUUGGAUCUUUGAAUGCAAUCCUGAGGACCCGCGACGGGUGAAAGGGAGGAAGAUUCUUUCAGAAUUGCAGCAAAAGACUGCAGUGUACCAGAGUAUGCGAGGCAUGCGAGCUCCAGUGCAGAUGGAGAAACACGUCGGGCAACGAGAACCUCGAGUUUCAGACAGCAGUGUAAAUACAGUCCAGAGUCAUGGGCUUCAUUAUAUGACUUCACCUCGAGAAGAAAAGCUUCCAACUCCGACUGACGCGCCCCUGGUCUAUGGACCUGGAGGUAUCAUGGGAGUACCCGGCCCAAGUGUUGGCAGGGUGCCGUUGGUUCAGGCCGUGGUUUUUGCAGGCAGUGCGAAUGGGGAAUCCUUAUGGGCUCUCCCGAGUUCUCAGAGCCCGGAGGCAAGCAGUGACUCGGCAAGUGGAUCUGGACAACCUCCUCUUGCAGUGCCUCCUGGGGCAGACGACUUGAUGGCUGAUAUCGACUGGGAUGCAUUUGACGCCCUGUUCCCACCUGAUCAGCAAAUUGACUUGGAUGCUUCGGGGUUUUUACCAGGUGUUGGACCAUAUUGA